GCUGCCUAUAAAACCUCAAAGACACAUGAGUUGCUCAGCUAGAGUAAUAAGGCUGACUUUGCAGAAUGGAAGAGAAAAAGGUCCUGUUGUUGCUGCUGCUUUUGGUGGUGGCUCUAGUGUCACAGGGUUGCUGUCAACAUUGGUCCUAUGGCAUGAACCCAGGGGGGAAAAGAGCGACUGGCAGCCUGUCUGACACCCAGGACAAUAUGGCUGAAGACCUUCUGAAGAUAGACCCUUCUUGCAGUUUGUUUGGCUGUGCUGAUGUCUCACCUCAUGCCAAAAUGUACAGGCUGAGGGCAUUACUUGCAAGCCUCGCUGACAGACAAAGUGGACUCAAUAAUAUAUAGCAAAUGUAUGCUAGCUAACUCAAUGAAACAUUGCAGUGCCAUCAUUGUGUUUUAUGGUGGUCUUUGUUGGGGGUCCCAUUUUUGUUGGUUUGCAUAUUACAUAGUAUGGCUUUAAAACAGUGGAACACGAUGUCAAAAUAAAAGUGCCAACACAUGAUUGCGA